UGACAAAAUGGAACCCACCAGCAGUGUGAGGAGACCUGAAAGUGGCACAUGGCAGAGUGUGGCGAUGGAGACAGCAGCAAUGGGAGGCCGUACAGGGACCCAUGAGACACUCUGGACCUGGCAGCAGCAUGAGGAGGCGGUACAGGGGCCCAUGACAGAUUACAGGCCUGGCAGCAGCAUGAGGAGUCGGCACGGGGGCCCAGCACCCUAUCACAAAAUGGAACCCACCAACAGUGUAAGGAGACCUGAAAGUGGCACAUGGCAGAGUCUGGCGAUGAAGUCAGCAGCAAUGGGAGGCCGUACAGGGACCCAUGACACACUCUGGACCUGGCAGCAGCAA